GGCUUGGGCUGAGCCAGAGCACUAGGAAGCUUGGACUGCGUUGAGGCCGCCUGGCUCACAAAGACAGAUUCUCCAUCUACAAAAUUAGGCAUUGAGGAGGUGGGAAAAGAAGAGAUAGCCCUCAAGAUUCGUCAUGGAGAAGAUCUCAGUGUCAGCUUUCUUGCUGCUUGUGGCCCUCUCCUACACUCUGGCCAAAGACACCACCAUCAAACCAGGGGCUAAGAAGGACACAAAAAACUCUGGACUCAAACUGCCCCAGACCCUCUCCAGAGGUUGGGGUGAUCAACUCAUCUGGACUCAGACAUAUGAAGAAGCUUUGUUCAAAUCCAAGACAAGCAACAAACCCUUGAUGAUUAUUCAUCACUUGGAUGAAUGCCCACACAGUCAAGCUUUAAAGAAAGUGUUUGCUGAAAAUAAAGACAUCCAGAAAUUGGCAGAGCAGUUUGUCCUCCUCAAUCUGGUUUAUGAAACAACCGACAAACACCUUUCUCCUGAUGGCCAGUAUGUCCCCAGAAUUAUGUUUGUUGAUCCAUCCCUGACAGUUAGAGCUGACAUCACUGGAAGAUAUUCAAAUCGUCUCUAUGCUUACGAACCUUCGGAUACAGCUCUCUUGCUUGACAACAUGAAGAAAGCUCUCAUCUUGCUGAAGACUGAAUUGUAGAGAAAAAAAUAAAACCUACAAACGCUUCCCUCUGUGUUAGGCUUUGAGACUUGGAACCAGAAGAGAUAUUAGAAGACUGUGGAGAAAGCAGAAGUCCUGGUGAACCUACUGGUUAGAUUAUGGUGUCAUGUUACGAGAGCUUUUAUUUUUAAACUUGGUUUUAAGUAUACAUGUAUGAAAACAAUAUUGGAUACUACCAUAGUGAGCCAUGAUUUUUUAAAAAAUAAAUCCUUUUAGGGGUGUUCAAACUGUU